UAUUUUAAUUGUAGACAUGCAAUUGUAAGACGGUCAAUAUUUUAACUCUAAUUUUGAGUUACUUUGAGUUGUGUUUUUGUAAAAUGUAAUAUAUUUAUCGUUAAUAUCAUUGUAUAUAUUUUUGUCGUAACAUUCACCAAAACAAAUUUUUAUUUAUUAUUAUUUCUACAGUCGGUUAUUACAAAAGUAGUAGAAUGUUGUCAAAUAGUUUCAAAAGACUUUUUCAAAAUGUACAUGUUAACCGGAUUGCAAAAGUCAACUUCUGUAAUGUAUCAAAAGAAUCAGGUAAACCAAUACAAUUGCCCAAACGCAAGGGUAGUUUAGUUGGUAAACGCGGUCCUAUUACAUGGAAAAACUUUGCAAUUACUGGUAUCAUAGGAACAGGCUUGGUAUCGUAUUUAUAUUAUUUAAAAGGAGAACAAGAAGAAAAAGAGAGACGCGAAAGAAAAAGACAGUUGGGUAAAGCACAAAUUGGUGGUUCAUUUGAACUUGUUGAUGGAGCUAAUAAUAUUAUUAAGAGUGAGCAGUUUCUCGGAAAAUGGAUGCUUAUUUAUUUUGGUUUCAGUCAUUGUCCGGAUAUUUGUCCUGAUGAAUUAGAAAAAAUGGCUAUAGUUAUAGACAAACUUGAUAAAGAAGAACUGAGUAUAGGGAUUCAAGGAAUUUUUAUCACAGUUGAUCCAGAAAGAGAUAGUCCUCAGAUUGUAGAAAAAUAUAUUAAAGAAUUUUCUCCCAAAUUUAUUGGUUUAAGUGGAACAUCUGAUCAAAUUCAAAAAGUUUGCAAAAAGUAUAGAGUUUAUUAUAGUCCAGGAAAAAAAGAUGUUGAUAAUGAUUACAUAGUUGACCAUACUAUAAUUAUGUAUUUAGUAAAUCCAGACGGUGAGUUUAUUGAUUACUUUGGACAAAAUAAAACUGCUGAAGAAAUAGUAGAACACAUAUUAAUGCACAUGUUUAAAUUUGAACAAGAUAAAGGAACUUUGUUAUCCAAUGCAUUAGGAAAAAUUAGUUCAUUAACUAAUAAAAAAAAUAUUUUUUAGUAAUAUAUUUACAUACAAAUGCUAUAUAUUUUUGUUAUUAAUUUCAGUACUUUUGAUCAAUUAUUUUAAAAUGAAAUCUGUGUAAUAAACUUUUGUUUUGAUUU